AUGGGACCUGGUGGAGUCGGAUGGGGACCGAGGCGACGACCAUGGGGACCUUACCCAGUUGGGCCAGUUGAAUAUUUCCGUGGCUUUGCCGAUUGCAUUUGCGGUGCCAUUGCCGCUUGCUUGUCCUGUCUCUGUUGUGGCUGGUUAUUCCACGAUUGUUGUUUUGGUGGUGCUUGUGGGCCUGGGCCCAGGCCUUUUGGCCCUCCUCUUCCUCCAGGACCACCAUUUGGACCACCUCCUCCUUUCCCUUUCUGA